AAAGUAAGGACGGGGAUCAUCAGUUCGAUAUAUAAAUCCCAGGGAAAGGAGAGCAGCUUCUUCUCCUCGCAAGUAGCUACCCGGCCUACUCCGCAGCCCCUCCACCACCGCACCGCUCUGACGAUCAUCGGGAAGCUCGCAGGGCGCAGCGGUGCGAGCGAGGAGCCGGGCUCAGCCUUCCCGCCCGGAAAUGGCGCCGCCGCCUCCCCUCCUCUUCCCUGGGCGUCUGCAGCAGGAGUGUCUGGGAGAUCAAGCGCGAUUUCGGUUGCUGUGAGGAGGUUGCCUCGGCGGCUCGGGCUGCGGGAGCAGGAUGGAAGGGGUCCGCCCGCGUCCACCCCGGAUUCUUCCUCCAGUACCAAGUGGAAACCAAGAUGAAAUUCCUCUCAGUCGCCCCAAAAAGAAAAAAGCCAAGAAGAGCUCAUUAGAUGGCGUUGGUCAAGUUGCUGUGCACCAGCCAUCUGAAAGCUAUGAGCCUCUGACCUCUGAAGUACAGGAUGUUCCACCUCAGAAGAAGCGUAGAAAAAAGAAGGUACCUCCAGAAUCUGAAACAUCAUUUACUGAACAGAAUGGAAAUGAUAUGGAUCCUUCACCAGCAGAAGAAACAGUAACUCGUAAACAGUGGAAAAGAGUAAAGAAAACCCGGCCUGCAGAGGGUUCCAGUGAAUUGGUUGUGGAGGAUGAAGAUAUAAUUGAGGAUGAGCAGCUAAAAGGCACAGAACAGCAUCCUGUGUUUUCUGCUCCAACUGGGAUUAGCCAACCUAUUAGCAAAGUGUUUGUUGAAAAAAAUCGGCGCUUUCAGGCAGCAGACCGCAAGGAUUUGAUUAAAACUACUGAAAAUGUUGAAAUGUUUAUGGAUAUAAAGGCUUCCUGGACCACUAAGGAUGUGGCACUUUCAGUUCACCGUGGUUUUAGGGUGAUUGGACUUUUUACUCAUGGCUUUCUUGCUGGCUAUGCUGUGUGGAACAUCAUAGUGAUUUAUAUUCUGGCAGGAAAUCAGUUUUCAACUCUUUCAAACUUGCUACAGCAGUACAAGACUUUGGCUUAUCCUGCUCAAUGCCUCCUUUACUUUCUACUUACAAUUAGUACCGUUUCAGCUUUUGACAGAAUCGAUUUGGCUAAAGCAACAGUGGCAGUACGCAGUUUUCUUACAUUGGACCCAGCAGCAAUUGCCUCUUUCAUGUAUUUUGCUGCUCUUGUCUUGUCUCUGAGCCAACAAAUGACAAGUGACAGAAUCAACUUGUACACCCCACCUUUAGAAAAUGGUAGCCUUUGGAUUUCAGAUGAAGAAAAAGAGAUUCUUCAGCCUUGGAUUGUGAUUAAUCUCGUGAUAGCUCUUCUUGUUGGGAUCUCCUGGUUCUUCUUGUCAUAUCGGCCCCAGUUGGAUCACAGUGAAGAGCUGAUGUUUAAUGGUGAAGUGGAAGAAUAUCCCCUUCCAGAUAAAGAAGCUAAAUUGUCUUCUUAGUACAGACAAUUUCUUCAAUUUCUUAAGAUGUCUUAGUGAUUUAAACUUGCAUGUAAUAUUUUUUACACUUUUUUAACAUUUAAUUUGAAUGAAUUUUGUAAUUAUGCUAUUUAUAUGGUAAUACAAUACAAAAUUAUUUUUCUUAAUCAUCAAGUUAUUUUCUAUGGAUUUUAUGCAGCUAUCAGUGAAGGAAGAUGAAUAGAAAAGGAAAAAAAUCCAUUGUAGCAUAUUUAUUCAUCCCUGAUUGUCUGAAUUUUGAUAUUCAAAGGAAAGUGAAUUCUGUGGAUAUUUGUAUUUUUCAGAGGUGUUAGUGCUAAUUUGUCUUUGAAGAAUUAAAUCAGUUUUUUUAAAAAAACAAUUUAAACUGUUAAGAGUUUUUGUAGGAGAAGUAACUCCUAAUAAAAACUUUGUAAAAUUUAGCUCUAUAAAUUUAUCCAUUUUUGCUGCUUCAUUGUGUCAUAUUAAGGUUCAUGUAUUUAUAAAUUCAUACAGUACAUAAACUCAUACAAUAUAUAUAAUACAUAUAAUACAGUGCACUUACAUCCACUGUUACAAGAGUGGAUUUGUGCAGCAGGAAUUUAUCUUUCUUUUAUCCCUCUUGUAACUUUCUCUUCCUUAUCUGUGCAGAAAUAUCCUUGAAUCCUUUGUGGUAGUGAUGUGCAGGGAGACUACAUCGAGAGAUAUUUUGAUUCAUGAGCUACGUGUGUUCUUUUCGUAGAAGGACAGUUUGGUGUACAGUGUAAUAUGUACUGGAAAGCUAGCAUUCUAGAUUUAAAUGCUUGUUAGGUGGGUUUCUUGGGAUACAGCGUAUCUAUAUAAAACUUUUAUUAAGAGUGAAAACUAGAUUACAGUAGGAGCAUAAAAACAAGGAUUAUGGACAUUUUAUAAAAUUCUUAUGCUUUCAGUAUUGUGCCAUUCAGACUGUCAAAUGAUUUUUAAAAUUCAAACUCAUUGAAAAAUAAGGGUUACUAUGAAUUUUAAAAAGCAUAAUUUAGGAUUUUCAGGAUUUUUAAGAAGCAGUUUUCCAUAAUUUCCCCAUAUUUGGAAGAAUAUGUUUGAACUGCAUAUAUUAAUAUUAGGAUUUUUGUCAAGCUAGAUUGCACUCCCUCAAUUAUGGAAAGACAAUAUUAACUUUAAAUAUUGAAACCAACUUUUCAGAGAACACGCUGAAAAACAGUUCACGUUACAUCCUAAAACAGGAAUAGACAACCUAUUGGAAAAAACGGGGCAGUCCUGUAAUGCAAAACAUCCUGGAUUGUGCCAUGCACACAGGUGAGGCUAGAAUGUUAUGUUUGUGCUUGGGCUUUGGGUUUUUUAAGCCAUGCUAAGCAACUUUUAGGAUUUACAUUACAGUUUCUAUUCAAUUUCCACCUUGGAAUAGUAGGAAACAGCUACUGAUUUUUGGUAGAUGUAAUUAGAUAGGUUCAAGUGCCAUAAAAAGGAAAUUCAAGAAGCCAGAGGUUGAAGAUUUAAGAAAUAAAUCUUGCUUAUUCCCCUAACUCAAGGCAUUUCAUUCAUUCAUUAUGCAUGAUCUCCACAUGGAAGCUUCUGAAAAAUGCUUCUAAAUAUGUUCUAAAUUAUAAACAUUUGUGCAGAUAUCCCAGAAAAAUAGAAUGACUUCUCCUAAGAGUCAGGUGCUGCUAGGAUUAGUUGUGAAGUGAACCUAUCAGAUUUGAGUAAUUCUGAUUUACACUCUGAAAGCACUCUGUAAAUUAUACAGGCCACUAUGUCAAUGUUCAAAAUGCUCAUUUUUUAAAAUCUUUAAUGUUUUUAUCUAUUAGGGUUAAAAGCUAAGCUGGGUUCAUACCUUUCCCUAACGUUUGUAGAUUGUUUAUAGAUUGUGAACCCAGCACUGUGGUUUACAAUGUGUUGCUGCUGUACUUAAGGAAGAAUGCAAAAUUUGGGUUUUUUUUCCUUUGAAGAUGCAGUCUUGUUCAUUUGGAAGCUGUAUGUAAAUAUCUUGCCUUAAUAAAUGUUAUCAUACAGGGUCACUUUUAUAAAAUGUUUUGAAAAGGCAAUGUACUAGUAUUUAGCAUACAAUGUGGUGUUUAAACCUCAUGAAUUAAUCUGAAGUAAAUGAUAUGAAACAGUCGAGCAGGACCAGUCUGCUCUACUUAACUUAAGAAUGUUUUUUUGAGCAGUCGAGCCUUUCUUUAUAAGCCAGCAAGAUACCUAAAUUACAUAACUCUCUCCAGAUUACUCUAGCAUGCUGUAAGCUCUUCCUACAGUAGUUUUGGAGGGCCCAUAGAAAAAAGUCCCAUAUGAGCUGAGACUGCCCCUGUAGACAAGGGGCUAUUGAAACUAUAGCACAUGUUCUGCUAUACUGUA